AUGGGCUUUGUGUAUGAAGAACUACUUAGAGCCAAAGAGGAGAUUAAAAUGGCAUUCAAAGAUCAAGAAGCUCACUAUCGUCCAAUCCUUGACAUUGUUGAUGAAAAAGCCCGUGAUCGACUUGAUAGUCCAUUGCAUUUAGCGGACUACCUCUUGAACCCUUACUACACAUAUGCCAAUCCAAGCAUUGAGAAUGAUAAUGUGGUCAUGGAUGGGUUCUUCACUUUUGUUGAGGUAUUCUUUCCCGAUAACAUUCAAACUCAAAGUUUGGUGAUAAAUGUAGAAUUGCACAAGUAUUUGAAGAAAGAAGUUUUGUGGUGGAAUAUUUAUGGAAACCUUGUAACAAAAUUGCAAAGUAUGGCUAAAAGGAUACUUUCAUUGACCACAAGCUCAUCCGGAUGUGAGAGAAAUUGGAGUGCUUUUGAGGGGAUCCUUACAAAGAAAAGGAAUAGACUAGAUACAACGAGGUUAAACAAUUUAGUCUAUGUCCAAUUCAAUGCCAAGAUCAUCAACAAGAAGAGAAGAAUGAAAGAGAAGAAUGUGGAUGUAUUACUUGCUGGUGAAGCUACUAUGGCCCAAGGAUGGAUUGUGGAUGGUGGUGAUGAAGAUGUUGAGUCUGAUCUUACUAGUGAAGUAGUUGGAGAGGGAUUGGGAUUGGGAGUGGAGAGUAGCUUAGAGCCUGGGAGAAGUUGUAGACUUCAAGAAAUUAGAGAACUUCAUGAGGAGGAUUUUGUAUCGGAUGAAGAGGAAGAAUAUGAGAUGGAUUUUGAGUUUGAGUCUGAUGAGGAGGGAGUGCUAAAGGGAUAUGGAGAAGAAGAAUUUGAGGAUUAG